UCCGUAAAUACGUUCGCUUGUCACGUUGCAGCUGCGAGUGAUGAGUUGUCUGUCGUGCGUACGAUAACGCGUCUCGAUCCGUAGUCUUCUGCGUCUUCCUGAGAAUUAGAACGAGUGCCAAUCGAGGUAUUUAAUACGUCUCGACGGUCAGCGGAGAACUUACUGCGCUCCACGGAACGGAAGACGUUCGUAAUCUUCUGUGACGAAAACGUCAACAGCAAUCAAGAGCCAUGCCUGCCGCACCCAGUGCUACCACCGUGGGGUCGAUCGGACGGUCGCCCAGCAAAGCAAUCGCGCCGAGAACAGGUGGCAGUGGCACUGUCAGGCAAAGGAAAACGACUGUAGCCACUUCAACCAGGAGCAGGAACACGGGCACAAACUCCGGUGGCAUGUGGAGGUUCUACACCGAUGAUUCUCCCGGUAUCAAAGUAGGUCCCGUGCCAGUACUCGUCAUGUCCCUCUUAUUCAUUGCAUCGGUGUUCAUGCUUCAUAUCUGGGGCAAGUACACGCGAAACUAAGGUCGAACGCUAUCCAUCAAGGUAGGAUAGGAAAAAGCAAAAGGCAAUGGACGAUAAUUUAGUACAGUUUUUGACGUGUACUAUACGUUGAGGAUAUGUAGAUAAUUGAAGGAACAGGUGCAAGAGAUUCAUUGCUACGUUAUCAUCAUUGUUAUACGAUCAGGAUAUAUUGAAAGUGUGCAACUACAAACUUGUAAGGGGUGGAGGAGUGCUUUUUUUAAAUAACUCCAUUAAUUAUACUUAUAUACAUAUAUGUAUGGAAUGUGUGAAAGUAUUUAGUUCGCAUUUGUAAUACAAAACAAAUCUUACAGAUAAUAUAACGCGAUAUAUAUAUUCAAAUAAAUAUAAUUUAUUUUUACCCUGA